GUUUCCUCUGGACGGGUCUUGAUAAAUCUCCCCCAUUAUUAUUUGAAAAAACGCCACAGGAGAGUCAUGUCUGACAUAUUAUUAGAAUCUUACGUGGAGCCGCGUCUCCUAGGAUCCUCUCCCUCACAGACGGGGAAGAAAGGACAACGACUUAUUGUUUACUCUGCGUCCUGCGAAGGGGAGACGAACGGACGCUGCCAGAUACCAUCCCGCUGCCGCCAUGACCUGAAACAUAACGAUGAGAAGAAGAACUGCAAUUACUUAUAGACAAGUUCUGAGGAAAAUGAAGCCGCAGAAGGUCAAGAAAGGCGGCCGAGCCAAGUCCAGACUACAACGGAAGGGCAUCAAGAUCACUGGCAAGUGGAAGCCCAUCGCCAUGGACCCCAAUGUACUGGCAGAAGGGAAGAUGGAGGAAAUCAUCUGCUUCGAGGAGCUGACGGACUAUAAAUUGGUGAAGACGUCCAAGGAGUUGGUAGAAGAUGGACGAAAGCGGAAACGUGGCGCCGGGGAAGAGGAGGAGGAAGAAGAGCGCGUCUCCAGGAACAAAAAAAAUAAGAAGCGCAAGAAAAGAAUGGAAGCCAAGAAAUCAAGAGAAGAAUCCGAAGACGAGAUGGAGGAAAUGUUUCCCAGUGACGCAGAGGAAGAAGGUGAAGAGGAGGAGGAGCUGCACUUCACCGUACCUGAAGAGGAGGCCGAAAAAGAAGAGGAGGAGGCUAAACCGGUGAAGAACAAGAAGAAGAAGAGGAAGAAGAACAAACAGAAGGUCAAAGGUGACAAAGCACAAGAAGAGGCCACGGCCACCAAACCCCAGAAGAAGGUGAAGAACUGGGCGGCGGGUGUGCUGUCCGGUGAGGACGUGGAUGUCUCAGCCUGGAAGGGUCUCUACGUCCCCCCUCCGGUCCUCCAGGCGCUCAGCUCCUUAGGCUUCUCUACUCCGACCCCAAUCCAAGCUCUAGCCCUACCGUCCGCCAUCCGCGACAAGAUGGAUGUUCUAGGCGCUGCCGAGACAGGAAGCGGUAAGACUCUCGCCUUCGCCAUCCCUAUGAUUCACUCCAUACUCGAAUGGAGGAAGAUUCAGGAGCAAAAAGCGUCCGGGGAAGAGGCGGCGAUGGAAGAUGAAGAGAAAGUGGAGGAGGAGUUAGAGAAAGUGGAGGAGGAGUUAGAGAAAGUGGAGGAGGAGUUAGAGAAGGAGGAGGAGGAGUUAGAGAAAGUGGAGGAGGAGGAAGCAGAGGAGGAUGACGACGAUGAAGAUGAAUAUUCCACCAUUGGCUGCGUGAAGGUCGUGAAAGACGUCGAUAUCAAUGGCAAUUCUGCUCCACCCGGAGGCGCAGACACACAAAAGCCACUGCUGGGACUUGUGGUGACCCCGACUAGAGAGCUGGCCGUACAGGUCAAACACCACAUUGACGCUGUGGCACGAUUUACCG